GUCACAUCAGGUGUGUUACAAAACAUCCACAUUUUGAGCUGAACCCAGUGGAGCUGCGCCUGGCCACCUCUGUCAAUAUCUAACAUUGGUGCAUAAGGAAAAGUAUACAACGUGGUCCAUACUAGGUGCCUCAUAUACUUCAUGGGUGGCGUCGGUGAGGUGAGUAUUUAGGGACAGACAAAAUGAAAGUACCAAAAGGAAACGCUAUGAAGUCCCAGGCAUCUAAAUCAAAAAGUACUACUAGAAAAGGAGCUAAAGCAAAACAAUCACUCUCCAGUAAACUACAAGAGAGAAAAGAUGCAGACAAGUCUCCCUCAGCCGAGGUUGUAUCCAAAUCAUGUGCUGUGAUGGUUCAGAAAAAGGUUGGCAAUCAGAGUAUCCUGCAUUAUCUUUAUAAGAGCACCCUGGGACAAAGCCUGCACACUCAACUCAGACAGUGUCUCCAGGAGCCUUUUAUCCGCUCACUCUCGUCUUAUCAUUUACAUGGAGCUGACAGUCCGUUUGACCGCAGAAUCACCAGUUUGGAGUGGCACCCAACUCACCCCUCCACGCUGGCAGUGGGGUCCAAAGGAGGAGACAUUUACCUGUGGAAUUUUGAAGACACUGCCAGAAAGAGUUUUAUCCGAGGGAGUGGAGCGGGGGAUUCCAUUGGUGGGAUGAAGUUUUGCCCAACUGACCUGUCCAAAGUGUAUGUAGCCUCUGGAGGUGGGACAGUAUCACUGCAAAGCUUUGAGGGCCUCCCCAGCACUGUCCUGUUGGGAAUUCACGACUGUGGCCAUGAACAUCACAAUGUUUGUAUGUGGUAUUGCUGUCUGGAUUUGUCGGUCAGUCGUCAGAUGCUGGCAACGGGAGACAACAUGGGGAAUUUAUUUUUGCUAAGUAUGGAUGGAGUAAAGAUUUUUGGUGAAAAGCUGCACAAGGCAAAAGUGACGCAUGCAGAGUUUAAUCCUCGCUGUGAUUGGCUGAUGGCGACCUCCUCUGUGGACCACACUGUAAAACUGUGGGACCUGAGGAACAUCAAGGACAAGACAAGUUUUCUCUACAACCUGACUCAUGAGAAGGCUGUCAACGCAGCAUAUUUCAACCCAGUGGACUGCUCAAAGCUCCUCACCACAGACCAGUACAACCAAAUCCGCAUUUACACAUCAUCUGAUUGGUCCAAGCCUCAACAUGUGAUCCUGCAUCCCCACAGACAGUUUCAACACCUCACUCCCAUCAAGGCUACAUGGCAUCCGACCUAUGACCUAAUCAUUGCUGGGUGUUACCCGGAUGAGCGCGUGUGCCAUGGUAACCUGAGGACCAUCGACAUCUAUGACUCCAACUCUGCAGAACUUGUGUAUCAGCUGUACGAUCCAUCUGUACCAGGAAUUAAAUCUGUAAAUAAGUUUAGCCCAAUGGGAGAUGUCAUUGGAUCUGGAAUGGGUUCGACUGUGCUGGUGUGGGACAGGAAUGAGUCUGUGAUCAGUGAUCGACACAAACAAACAGGGGAGAGCUCGGCUUAUGUGACCUCACUGAGGGGCCAACGCAGGACACAGCCACGCUCCAGAGACAGAGCGCCCCCUGUGGACAAAAAACUCAUGAAAACACUCCUUUCUCUGGAGGAAGGUCAGACCAAAACCAAGAGUAAAAAAAGUAUAUAGCCACAAGUGCCAAUCACCUACGCCCUGCCCCACAAGGAGAGGGGGCGCUAUUGCAACCUCAAUUUGUCUCUUUACAUUACACCCACUGUCAAUGCUCUCGUGCCUUCUCUUCCUCUUUGCCCAAGAUUUAGAGAUUUGUAAAAAUGUCCCCAUUUCCGAAGCAAAGUGUGCAGCUGUGCCACAAUAAGGCUAAGACAAAUAAUUUGCAUAACUUUUGAUUCCCCUCUCCUCUAGAUAAUUUUCACCAAAUUUGAGCGCAUUCUGACAAAAGCCCAAAGAGGAGUUUGUCAAAGUCUCAUGUGGUAAAAACCUAACACAGAUUUAGUGAUUUUACCAUUGGAAUAACAUUUGUCAUCACAACGGCAAAACCAUAAGAAAAGUGGCAUGGGUGUCAUUGACUUUUUUGUCAAAACUAAAUUUUGUGCAAAAUUCGGGAAUUUUAGAAACUUUUUUUUUUUUUCCUCAACCAAAUGAAAGUUAUUUUCUCUCUAUAGGGGCACUAAUGCACCCAAUCCAUUCUUUCACUAUGAGUAAGUUCACAAAGUAAGUUCACAAAGACUCACAGUCAGAAUUCCAAAUAUGGAACUCUGCACGAAAUUAGUUGCUAUUACUGCUAGCUUCCAUGAGCUUCAUUUGACUGGAGCCAAACACUGUGGAUGACGUCACACUCACUUAAUCAACUUCUUUAUACAGUCUAUGGGUUGAGUGGGUUUACUUUUUUUUUUGAGGGGUUUACUUUUUCUUGUCAUCAUCUACUUCUACUUUUAUGACUCUGUGGGUAUUUUUUCGGCAUAGUUCCUAUCUCAUAAUGGAAUUUUUUUUGUGUAAGGGUGCUGACAUGCCUUUUUUUUUUUAUUUUCACAAAUUUUUGCCAUUGUUCAGUGGGUGAAAAUGGGAGGAUCGGUCACAAGAACAAUAUUAAGGAGAAAAAGAAUAAGAAAGAAAGAAUAAUAUUCCAAUACGAAAACUUGUUCCAGUGUUAGAUUUUUUUUUUUUUUUUUUAAUGUAAUAAAGAACAUUUCCGGAAAGCACUCGCACAUUCCUGCGUCAUGGUGAGGGUCCCUGGUCACUGGCGGGCCCUUCACUUCCCAUCAGGGCACUUGCUACUCAAUACUAAAUGCCAGCUUCUGGUGCUUGGGCCUUAUAAAGUGUGAAAGAAUACAGCAUUCUUUUGUACCUGAGUGCUUUUAACUGGCCAUGACGGGUGUUUGUUCGUCUUUUAUAAAUGUUUUAAUGUGUUUGUAUUAUUUUUUUCAAUAAAAUUACUAUUUUGG